AUGUCAGAUUUCUCGCUUUUAGUACUGGUGUUCCAUCAAGGACACGGAAGCGGUCGAGCAUCUGGCCUCACCGCAUUGCCAGUCUGUGCAUGUCCUGUCAAUUCCCCGCAAGAGACCACUGACUCGCUGUUUGAUUAUGCAUACUGCGAUAUAGCCGCUCUUCAGCCUCUUUUCCCUUCCGAGUUGAUGUUCAAGUUCUCUACCAUGGUAAAGACACUAGUUUGGCAGGCAAGUUCGGUCUCAUGUUCAAGUAUUUCGGUUCCCGGAUCUGAAAGUAAACGAGACUCUAUCGGACCUUCUUUGCGCCCCGGCGAUGCUCUGUACCCACACAAUCGCCUGCUUUACCUUUACUCACUCAUUAAUACUACUUUCUCGACAAGUCCUGCUCCAGAAAAUCCCCUCCUGGUCCGCAUUUCCCUCGGAUUUGUAAAGUUUGUCUGUCUAGGAAACUUGGUUAUGGCUAGGAACAACCCCACAGGAAACUCGGGGCGCUCGACGGUAGAAAUUCGAUUGGAUGGCCAGCCCUUGAUCCCAUGGCUAACUCCCAUUGCCGAACUGCAUCCUAUCAUUGGACUUGAUCAUCUACUGCUGUGCUCGAUGUUCUAGUAUUGCUCUCGAUGCUCUACUACCGCUCUCGAUGCUCUACUACCAUGCUCUGCUACUGCGCUCGAUGCUCUGCUGGCGCACGAGUCUAUGCCCUGCAAAUCCUGCAUACGAAAUCAGUAGUACCAAAUAACACCUGCAUCUUGCUCGUGUCGAACUUCAAGAUGCUCGCAGUACUUUUCAUGGCCAACCAUUUGUUACUGUCGCAUUGCAAAUGAGCUACCGGGAUAGAGGCUAGUGCCAAGAUAUCAUUGAGCUAUGGGAUACAUGUGUAGAGUACCAUAC